AGAGGGGGAAAAAAAAAAAAAAAAGGAAGGAAAAGCAUAAUAAUUUUGAACCCAGAAGCACUGCCAAUCCAUGUUUUCUUGUCAAUUUGUAGCAUCUCCAUCAUCAUCAUCAGCGCCAACGCUCGCUAGUUCAUUUCUAUGGAGCAUCAGAAAACCCCUUCCACCAAUCUUCCUUUCUUGUCCUUCUUCUUCUUCGUCUUCCACUUUCCUUCGCUUUUCUUCCUCGCUCCCUCAGCAGCCUCUCAGGUGUGCCGUUCUUGGUGCUGGCUUUGCUGGGCUUUCUGUUGCUUGGCAUUUGUUGCAGCACGGCUCCAGGGAUUUGCCUUUGUUAGUUGACAUAUAUGAUGAAGUUGGUAUCGGUGGGGGUGCAUCAGGAGUGGCUGGUGGACUUCUCCACCCGUAUUCUCCUAAAGUUAAGCUUCUCUGGCGAGCUGAGGAGUGCUGGAAUGAGAGUUUAAAGCUCAUACGCAUUGCAGAGCGUGCUAAACAGUCCAAGGUGCUGAACACAGGAAGACAAGAAGCUGUUCACAGUAUGAAUUUUUCUAUUAUCAGGAGACGAGGGAUCCUGAGACCAGCUGUCAGUUUAAAGAACAUAAACAUAAUGGACCAUAAUGCUGAGAACUGCCUUGCCAGUUGCAGAAUAGAGUCAAUGGACAAGCAUGCUGCAGAAAACCUUGUGCCUGGUUUGUCUGUGCCACUCAAUGUGGCCUUUCAUAUGCCUGAAGCUUUAAAUGUUCACUCUCAGUACUAUCUUGAGGCACUUUACUUAGCUUGUCAAAAUUCAGUCGCAGAAAUGUUGAAUCUUGGUGUUGCGCCUAGAGAACUGAAUUUCUACAAGACAUCUGUUGGCAGUCUCCUUGAAUUUGCAGGGGAGUAUAAUGCUGUGGUCAUUUGUCUUGGUGCCAGAGCAGCUUUUCUGCCAGAGUUUUCUGGAAUACUUCCCUUGAGAACAUGUAGAGGUGUUGUUACACACAUGCAGCUUUCUGAUAAUUUCAGAGAAGAAUAUCCGCAGCAUAGUCCCUCAAUCCUCUCAGAUGCCUGGAUUGCUGUACAGGGUCCUCGAGAUCUGUAUUUGGGCUCAACAUGGGAAUGGAGGUCUGCAAAUUACUCAAGGAAUGUCCCAACUGUAGAAGCUUCUGAAGCCUUAGAAGAACUUCUAUUAAAGGGAUCUGUUAUAUAUCCUGCUAUAAGCAACUGGACAGUCAGAGAAGCAGUUGCAGGACUAAGGGCAAUGCCACCACUCACCCCUCAUGGAUCGUUGCCAAUUCUGGGUUGCGUAGAUAAUGUCACAGGUCGAAAUCAUGCUUGUAAAUAUUGGGUAUUUACCGGGCUUGGUUCAAGGGGCUUGUUCUAUCAUGCGUGGCUUGGUAAAUUGAUGGCACAAGCCGUACUUUCACGUAGUGAACAUUCAAUCCCUUCAGAGUUGCUUCUUUGGAAGCAAAAGAUGAAGCAAUAACAUACAGAGGAUGUCUUCAGUCUAAACUAUUUCAACUGAAUAUAUUGUAAAGAGGACAUUUCUGUCCGAGCAACUGCUUUCAGCUAAUGCCUGGGGUUUGGAUUUUCCCCAUAUUACGGGAGCAAAGGCUAUUCAAAACACUAAAGCAUGAGUCUUGAGCGUAAAAUGAUAAUGACAAUAAUAUCUGCUUCCACUUCUGAAUGAA